AUGCCCACCCCGCGUUCUCCAACCAAGACCACACAAUUCCAAGUGUCUAAAGAAGCACCGCAAAUAUGGCACGGGGCAGGGGCGCAGCGCGCAAGAAGCAAUCGAAAAUGGACAAGGAGGCGUCGAAGAAACCAAAGGAAGGACAGCCCAAGAGCAUGGUGAUCAGGAUGGGGGCUGGAGAAGUGGGCAGCAGUGUCUCUCAACUUGUGGUCGAUAUGCGGCAGGUCAUGCAGCCAGAUACUGCAGUGAGGUUGAAGGAACGGCGUGCAAACAAGCUCCGCGACUACACUACAAUGGCGGGACCCUUGGGAGUCAGCCAUUUACUCCUUUUCUCGCGCUCAAAAUCCGGCAACACGAACCUCCGUCUCGCAAAAACCCCUCAUGGUCCCACCCUCACAUUCCGAGUCGAGACUUACUCGCUAGCAAAAGACAUCAUGAAGAGCAUGAAACACCCUCGAGCCGGAGCCCACGACUACAGUGUAGCCCCGCUUCUAGUCAUGAACAACUUCAGCACCACAGAAACCGAGAGAACCAAAAUGGGAGACAAGGCACCACCCAAGCAUCUCGAGAAGCUCGUCACAGACAUGUUCCAGUGCCUCUUCCCCCCGAUACAGCCGCAUACGACACCGUUGCAUACAAUCAAACGAGUGCUCUUGCUAAACCGAGAACCACCGUCCGAGGGCGAUAACGGAACCUGUACGAUUAGUCUGCGACACUAUGCUAUCACAACGAAGAUUACUGGUCUUCCAAGACCGAUACGAAGACUAUAUGCGGCGGAGAAGCUCAUCGGGAGCCGGGAGAAGAAGAAGCCCGGAUUGCCGAACCUCGGGGCAUUGGAGGACGUGGCAGACUACAUGCUUGACCCCUCAGCAGCGGGCUAUACAUCCGCUAGCGAGACCGAAAUCGACACGGACGCCGAAGUCGAAGUAGCAGCAUCUAUGACACGAAAAGUCAUGUCAAAGCGAGAAAGGGAAAAGGCAAAGGCAGGCGAAGACGCCGGAAAGCCUCGCACCGGUCGCCCAAAAGUCGAGAAGCGCGCCGUAAAACUUGUUGAGCUAGGCCCGCGGAUGAAGCUCAGGCUCACGAAGGUGGAGGAGGAAAUCUGUGACGGCAAAGUCAUGUGGCACGACUUCAUCACUAAGAGCAAAGAGGAGGUCAAGGAAAUGGACGAGGUAUGGGAGCGGCGUAAGAAGGAGAAGGAAGAGCGGAGGAGGAUACAAAAGGAGAAUAUCGAGAGGAAGCGGAAGGAGAGAGCGGAAAAAGGCGAAGAUGGUGAGGAUGACGAGGAUGAAGAUUUGGAGGACUACGAUAUGGAGGACGAUAUGUGGCAUGAUGAAGACGGAGAUCACGACGAAGAGAUGGAAGAUGAAGAAAGUGAUGACGAAUGAACUUGAAGCUUAGCAUAAGGCCGCGAAGGCAGUCCGGCGCCGUGAUACCCAGUCAGUAAUCCACCCACCUCGUCCCAAUAUACUCCCGCGCAGAGCUUUCAUCUGCUUGUGGCGCCUCCUAUCUGCAUUGCGCCGAUAACUG